GUUACUUUUCCGUAGAAAUGAUUAUUUGAGAUGUUUAUAAUAUUCGAUUGAUUUUCAUAAAACAAAAAUGGAUACAUUGAAUUCAACAUUGAAUCACACCGUAAACAAGAAUAAUGAUAACGAAUUAGAUCCAUUUUGGAUUAGUACAUUAAUUCUCCUCGGCUGUGUUUCAAUUCUAGGCACCAUCGGUAAUUCACUUGUCCUAGGCGUGUUUAUUCAACAUCAUUUUUGGCCACAUUUACACUUGAAAUAUCGGCAGAUCUAUUUAAAUCAACAGUUGAAUCUAGCAACAAAUAACAGCACUGUCAGAUCAUCUUCGUAUUCUCAAAACAGCAAUAGUAAUAUUAAUAAUAAUAAUAACAGUAAUGGUAAUUAUGACAAUUAUAUGCUACGUAUCCAUGAGUCGAAUGAACAACUCUUCAACAAAACAACCGGUACACCAACAUUUUUCAUCCUUGUUCUCGCUUGUAUUGAUCUGUUAGUCUGUUGUUUUGUUGUCCCGCUAACAUUCUACAUGGAAUACGUUCAUUUACAACCGUCUACAGAUUUAUGUUGUAAAGCGCAUGCUUUUUUAAAUAUAUGUAAUAUAAUGUUUAGUUCAUUAUUGAUUAUUGCUAUCGCACUGGAAAGAUACCUGACUAUUUGUCAUCCAUUGCGACGUAUUCUAACAAUGAAACGUGCAAAAUACUUAACGCUUAGUUUAGCCAUAUUUUGUAUCCUAUACGGGAUUCUCGGUGCUGUACAUCACAGUCUGGGGGAAACAGUGGAUCAACCAGGUGUGAAACAAUGUUUGGAUACACCGGAAUUACCAAAUGUCACUUAUACACAAAUCUUGAUGUUUGAUAUUUUACAAAAAGGGAAUACAGCUAGCUUUAUUUUGUCUAUUCUCUUUGUCAUUAUCUUGUAUUCGCUGAUUCUACGUGUAGUGAUUAAAACACAUCGGAUUAAUCGGCAUUCUUAUUCAUCAAAUCCCAGUGUAUACACCAUGAAUAUGCUGUCAGAGGUGAAUCAAGCGUCUACAGGUUUUUCAGCUGAUGGAAACAGCAAUAUUACAACAACAACAAUAACCAAUAAUAAUAAUAAUGAUAAACAUCUAAUUCCUCAUCGUAAAAGCAUAGCAAAUAAACUUAGGGCACAUUUAUCCUUUAAAGGGAUAACAGAGAGUACACUAUGGCGAGAACUCCGGUCAGCUAGUGUACUGUUUGUUGUCGCUGUUGUUUAUAUUAUCGUAUUCACACCAGCUUUACUAACAGCUAACAAGCUGGUUAAUUUCAAUCUGCUAGCCUAUAAUACCUACUACUUAAAUAAUAUGUCAAAUCCUGUAAUUUAUUGUUUUAUGAGUCAUGCAUUUCGAAAAAAAUUAAAAAUACUACUAUUUAAUGGGAUGAUCUCGUUUAAAAGUUAUCGAUCGAAACGUGAUAUUUUUGUUCCACAUCAUAGCCAUCAUCCUAAUCAUCAUGGUCAUCCUCAGCACCAGCAGAAUUCCAGGCAUCCAUCAAGACGGAAACAACAACAUUUUCGUGCAAGACAAAUGAAUGCUCAACAUUCAAAUAAUAAUGGUAAUAAUAAUAGUAACAGUAAUAGUAAUAGUAAUGGUAAUAUAAUAAAUAAUAAUACAAUUCGAUGA